AGUCAGAAUUGGGCGUGUUGUGUUUCAAAACGCAACGAUUUCUAUUUAAUCCUUCUACUUUGGUAAGUCAAAAAAAAAAGUUUUUUCCAAAUUUUCUCUAUAAAAAUCUAAAUCUAUAACAACGAUCAAACAAUAUUUAAUGCCGAAAACGUGCCUAGAUUUGAGAAAAAUAUCUUCUUCUUCUAAUAUAAUAUACGCUCCAUUCAAAGUAGCUAGGCAAACAGAGAGGGUAAAAUAAACGUGGCACUGCCCACGAGCAGAUUCAUUCCUCCACUGGAUUUCAUUAUGGAAGAACAAGAAGUAAGAAUGCAGUUUAGCGUGGACGACGUAAGACAAAUAGUAUGGAGUUCAACACUAUAUAGUCCACAUGAUAUCGUCAGUCAAAUUUUUCCUCUAUUUGUCAAAAUUGAGAGCGGCAGUGAUGAAAACUUAAACUUGAAACCUAAUCAGGUAAUACGUUUAGAAAAAUAUGACAAGCAAAAGAGGAUAUUAAUUAAGGACCAACGUAGUAGACAUCUAACUGUACCGAGGAAUUUUCCGAUGAAAUUCGUGGUAAAAAAUUCUCAUACUCUAAACAGUAAGAAGAAGAAAACUUUGAAGCAAUUUAAAGGUGCUAAGUUAAAAUAUAUAAUACGUCAAUAUUUUAAUGGAAUACAACCCCUUUUAUUGGAUUUUGAGUAUACUGAUCCAUGGAAAUUUAAAAUUGGAAGUGAAAUAACUAAUAGUAGAGAAUUUGGUUCAAUAUUUUUAGAGACGAUUAAUACAUCAUGGGGACCAGUUAGUCCAAAGAUAACCGAACACUUUCUAAAAGGACAUUUCCUGACUCGAGAAUAUUUCGUCAUCACCGAUAGAAGACCAAUAGCUAUACCUACAACUUGCAACCUAAAGUUGAGGGUUGCUGAGGGCUUUUUGGGAGACGAGAGCGGACUUAAAUGGAAAGAAUUUCAGGAAUAUGCUAGAAGGCAAAUUAGUAGAUCGCUUAGAAGUAAUUUUUUUACGGAUGAUGGAACCAUGGAUAUUCUUAUUCCCGAUAUGACAUCUUUGCCAAAGCAUUUAAAUUACGAUUUCUCCGACAACGAAUCGACCACAACAAUAUUCAGUGAACAAACUCAGUCGGGAAUUACCAAUGGAUCCCAAAAGAUGUUCAACUCCUACAAUACAAAUGGAUCAGCUGUAGUCCAUUCUUUAGAUGAGGCCACCAAUGAAAUGGCAAUACUGACUGUAGAAAGUGAAAAAGUUAGAGUUGACGAAGAUAACAAUGAUGUUACUUUUGGUACAAUGAAAAGUAGAAAAUUUGAGGAACAAUCGGAAAAGAUCGAAAGAGAAAUUCUUGAGAGUAUAACAAGAUCAGAGGAUGUUGUUGAUGUCCAAGAACUAUAUAGUUCAGUCGAUAGGAAAAUGUAUAAGAAUAAAGCUGCUAGAGGUGGUAAGAUUGAAACAAGAGAGGAAGGAAUUCAAACAGCUAUUGAUACAGAAGUAAAAAGACCCGAAGGAGUUGUAGAACGUAACCUUAAUGGAAAUAAGAGCGAAAUAUCUCUAACUGUAUCGAAGGAUGAAGAUCAUAGCACACUCAGACGAUAUCAAAAGGCCAAUCAUCAUCAUCAGCAGCAGCAACAACAACAACAACCGAAUUUUCAAAAUUCAGGCUAUCAAAAUCAAAACUUUCAACAAUCUGGCUUACAGCAUCAGAAUUUUCAAUAUUCUGGUUUACAGAAUCAAAAUUUUCAACAUACGGGCCCGCAACAAACAGUGACGACAAUGCCGCGCAUAGUUAGACGCCUUAAACCCAACGAUUAUCAAUCGACAUUACCUCGUCAGCAGCCAGUAGUAUACCUACAGAAGGCUCACAGUGCCAGUAAUCUUCUAGUUCAGCAGCAGCAGCAGCAGCAGCAGCAACCAAUUUACUUGGCGCAAAACCAGGCUGGACUUCAAACUGCAUACGUCCUCCAACCAAUUCAAUUAGGUGGAGGUCAGCCUCUAGUGGGACAGAUUGGUCAGCCAGGUAAUGGAGGUCACGUGUCCGUUCUGCAAGUUGGAAACGGAAUGCAGCGAGCCGGUUCAAUGCCAAGUUUGUAUUCACAGCCAGUUCAAGCUGUGAAUUUACAAAGGGCUAAGAGCCCUGGACCAGCAUCCGUGAGAGUUGUCAACAUGUAGGCAGAAAUUAUAUAUAUAUAUAAGUAUAUAUAUAUAUAUACUGUAUAUAUAUAUAUUGUAAUUUAUUACGAUUUUUCAUCGAUUACGAAAAAGAGAUACAGAAAAUAGACUUUUUUUAGAGAAGAAAUUUAUUAUCAUAUGCAAAAAGGCAAAAAAAGCACACAAACAAAGAAAAGGGUAUAAAAAAAUAAUAGUGAUUCUUAUCAUAAAAAAGCUCUUUCUUAUAAUUCAAUAUAGUUAUAAACAAAACUAUAAAAAAUAUAGUCUUUUAUUAAUUUCUAUUAAUAAUUAUCAAUCUUAAAAAAAUCUUUCUGCCAAGUUAAAGUCAAAAAAAAAUUGUGCAAUAUAGACUAUUUCCUGGCGAUAUUUGACAUUAUAACAGCAAAAUUAAACUAAUGAAUUCAAAUAGAUUUUAAUUACAAAAUUAUCUUCAAGUAAAUAACAGAAAACAACAGCUUUUCAAUUUAUAUAAUUUAAUUGAUUUGCAGUAUAUACUGUAUCUAGUGAAUUAUAAAUAUAUAUAUAUAUAUAUACAGAUCAUAAUCAUAAUAAUUACAGUUGCUAUCGCCCUCUAGUAUGUUUCAUUGUAGAUAUUUUUGAUAAAAGUAGAUGGAAAUGGCUUUCUUUGUAGCAUUCACCAAUUUUCUUUGAGAAGAAGUAGUUAGAAAUGUUCAUAGAGAUCUGAAAUAUAUAACUGCAAUCCAUAUAUAUAUAUAUAUAUAUAAUUAGCAUGAAAGAGUAAAGGAAGAUUGGUUUUCUCCCAAUUUAGAGCUAAAUACUUCUUAUCUGUCCUACCAACCUAUCAAUCUAUUUAUCUAUAUCUAUCUAUUACAAUGAAUACUAUCGUGUACUUCCUACUCAAUAUACUCUUUCCCAUUCUUUUUUUUAUUAUACUUGAUUCUUUACAGAUUAGUUUAAUAGUUGAUUUCACCAUUUUUAAAUAGUUAUUAUCUUUUUUCUAACAAUUUAUUUAUGUUUUUUUUAUGAUUAUUUUUAUUGUUUUGGCAGGUUUCUUGUUUUUUAUACGAAACUUACAUUUUUUUGGUGCUUACAUUAAAAAAGUUUAUCAUUUUAUGCAUCUGUUUUUUAAUAAAUAUUAUAUAUCUAUAUACUGUAUAUAUAAAUUUAUAUAUAUUAAUAUGUAAGAUACAGUAUAGAUAUAUAUAACAUUAUAUAUGCCGAGAUAAAAAAGAGAAUAAAAUAAGCGGAC